AAUAAGACCAAUGUAGUAGAUAGUCGUGGCGCUGUGAAUCAAUUCAAGGUUUUAGUAAAUCCUUAAUUUUGCUAGGAAUAAACUUUUAUACUUUUAACAAUUAAAGAGACAUUGGUCUUUGUUAAUGGAACUGUUUUUUUUUUUUGUAUCAAUUGUAAUAUACCUACUGAUUUUCGAUGGUUUGACUUUUUUUCACGAUAAAAGCGUGUAUAAGGCCAAUCGUUGUUAUUUCGUUUUUGUCAAGUUUUGCCUAUUUGUGUUUGUGUGUGUUCUCCAACAGUAUUUUCGUCGGGGUCGUUGAGUGCAUGUUUAUUAUUUUAGACUCGCUGUUUAAUAGUAAAAUAAUCGCCUACAUAUUUUCAACGUUAUCAGUUCACCCAAAGUCCGAGGUGCAAAGUCAGUCAUAUGACAAAAAAACUCUCGACGGAAUGGUUUUGAAAAUGCUAUGGGAAAAGGUAUACGCGCGUUAUGAUGCAAAAACGAAAGAAAUGGCUAUAAGAACAAUAAGAGAAACUGGUGACUACGAACAUCUCAUUCAGCGUUUGAUGAAGGUGAAGCGAGACAAAGUAAGGAAAAUUAUAAAUUUAGUCGGAGAGGUUAUGAUAGUUUAUAUGAGCUGAUUUUGAAAUAAAUUUCUUUAAAUAAUA